AUGGUCCCACGUCUGAGCCGCUACCAGCCCAUCCAACACCUUCAUGUCCAAUGUUCUGGAAAUGGCCCGACACCCCUUAGCCUCCAGCGGCUCGCUUCUUGUCUCCAGUCAGUAGUGUCGCUCUUGGAGUGUCCAGUCUGCCUGGAAACCAUCCCGCCUCCAGCCUUCCAGUGCUGCAAUGGUCAUACUCUGUGCGGGGUCUGUCGCUCGCUCACAGAUCGCUGUCCUGUGUGUCGGGUAGCCUUGGGACCCAGAGGGCGCUGUCUGCUAGCCGAUAAGCUGCACAUGCUCUUCGCCGCCACCUUCCUCCAGUCCGGCGGAAAGAAACAAAAACGCUCCAAGGCUUGGACACGACAGCAACUCCCGACACUACAUCUACCCUCGCGCUUGCUGCCUCGCAUUGUUCCUACCCCCUCCGUGGAGCGCACCCCUAGGCCGACCCAGCAGCUCUACAACUGCCCCCUGGACUCUUGUGGGUCCGUAGUCAAAUCCUGUGAUCUCUUGUCUCACCUGCAGCACCAUGGAGACGGCCCUUUGGUGCAGUACUUCUGCAAGGAGUCCUCCACCUUUUUACGGUUCCCUGUAACGCGUCUUACCACCAUAACUCUUUCACAGACUCUGACGUUUGUGCUUCAUGUGACCCCACACCCGGUAGCCAGCUGUCUUCUUCUCUGGCUGUGGAUCGCAUCCGAGGACGCCUCCAGUUACCGCCUCCAGCUGGAGCUUCCAGGACGUGCGGCGGUUCGCGGGCAGGUGUUCCCCCUCUCCUGGACCUCCCAGCAGGUCCUCGCCCUCGCCGCAGACAAAUGUGUAGUUCUCAACGAUGAUGACUUUGAUGCGAACUGUUCGAAAGUGAAAGUUACAAUCCUAUCAAAAUGUGAUUCUACAACGAUAUGAGUUUUAUAACACGACCUUAAAAUCCACUACUACUUUGUGUUAAAAACACUAUGUUUGAAUCUAGUAUUUGUUCAGUUCUAAUUAUAUUGUAUGUAGUAUGAUAAUACAAAUAUAAUAUAGAAGGACACUGUUUUUUUUUAUCAAAUUAGUGACACGCAUUAAAAGACUCAAGCUUUUUAUAGUCCAGUGUAAAUAGUAUUAUUGGCUUCGUUAUUGUGAUAUUUAAUUUAGUUAUUAAAUGUUUUUAAAAUUUU